AUGGCUGCCGCGGCCAAGACGGUACAGAAGCAUAUGCAAGAGUCAGAACAAGAGCACAUAACGAGACGAACAUCAAGCUUCAAAGAAGUCGAGAGCACCAUGCCCCAUCUACCAACCCGCUUCCGCGACGCCUCGCUGGUAGACAACCUGUCGUCAUACCUGGGCAAGCGAAACCCCUUCACCAAGCAAGUCGAUCCCAAGAAACACAUUGUCUGGAUAUUCGACAAUACAGCCUGGCAAAUCCCUGGAUCAAAUGGCUGGGCAGCAGAGUUUGUUGCGGCAUACUUUGUAAAGCGCAGCGGCUCAGACGUGAGCGCUGUUGUUGCUGAUAUUGCCGAGAAAUGCGGUCUCGCAAAGGGCGACAAGCAAGAAGCAACCAUUGCAAAACGUCUUGAGCCAUUUGUCGACUCGAUCCUCCCUGCUCACACUGUCAAGAUGCAAAUCGCCAAAUCACAGACUGUCCGACUUGGACCCUCUGGCCGUGAUGGUAUCUCCAACGACACCAUUCGCUUUGCUACAAAGUACGACAACCUGACUUCUGUCAUCUCUGACGCCCUUAGCGUAGAAUGUGAUGAAAUGACUACCUUCACUGCUGGGCCUACCGGCUGGGCCGUUCUCUCUGACGUCGACGACACCAUCAAGCGUACACUGACUGCAGACCCAAUUGGUAUCCUCAAAACCACAUUCGUCGACGAACCAGAGGCCAUUCCCGGUAUGCCCGAGCUAUACGCACACAUGAAGACUGCCCUCGGAAACCCGCCGUUCUGGUAUCUCUCAGCCAGCCCUUACAACCUCUACACCUUCCUCCGCGACUUUCGACGAAAAUACUACCCGGCUGGCCAAAUGAUACUGCGCGAAGCAUCAUGGAUGAACCUCGCAGGCCUCCUCACAAACCUGACACAAGGCACGCAAGCGUACAAGGUUGAUCGCAUGGAAAAGGUCCACGCGCACUGGCCGAAGCGCAAGUUCAUCGUCGUCGGCGACAGCACACAAACCGAUCCGGAAUCCUACGGCGAGAUGUACCGGAAACAUCCCGACUGGAUCAAGGCGAUCUUUAUCCGCAAGGUCACGGGUGUUGCGGCCGUGAAUGAGGAAGCUAAGAUCAGCGACGAGCGGUUCGAGAAGGCGUUUGCGGGUGUGCCAAGGGAUGUCUGGACGGUGUUCGAGGAGCCGAAUGUGCUGUAUGCGAAGGUCGAUGCUUUGGUCAAGGGCGAGGGUCAGAAGUAA